CAGGUUUGGAAUGACAUAAGUGUGAGUAUACUACUGUUUCAAAAAUAUCGAUACUUCGAUAUUGAAAUAUCUAUCUGAAACGGUUCCAAUACUCCUUUUCUGCAGUAUCGAUACACAAAUUCCAUCUGCGCAUUCUUGGUCUAUUCUCCUGGACAGCUAAUUAACACACCCACCUCCUCUCACUCACUCGUCUCAUUUGCUCCGGUUGAAUAGUGCUUGUAUUGCUCAUAAUUUUACUAAUUCCUGCAGGUUUCGCACUCACACCAAAAGCUUGCGCACCACUGAUAAGUUGCUCUCUCAUAAAGCUGCCUCUCAAACAGCUUGCAAGUACUAAAUUUAGCUGUUUUUCCUGGCUUAUUGCGCUUAAAUAAACAUUUUUCAAAAUGCUCAUCUUGGUGAGUAUUCAGGUAAAAACAGUCAGUUUUAGAACGUAAAUAGUUGAAAAAGAAAUGGGAACCAAACAGAAGAGGACACAAAGUAUACCCAGCUAGAAAAAACAUCCUAUUCACGUAUUUGUUGGACCCUAAACAAACCUGUCACUACUACAACUAUGAAAAUAAAAGCUGAGCAAAUACAGAUGGCAGAGCAUUGAAUAAUAUUAUUACAUAAAACAAAAAGGAAAAUUGCCUAGGCCAACAUAUUCAAAAAUUUGACUCAUCGAUGUCCAUGAAAUAAACAAGUUUUAACCCACCAGACAUAAAUACGUCAUAGAUACACAAUUUUAGCCAUUUUACCAUGAAUACAGACAAGAUACCAUGAUACUACCACUACCAAAAGUAAUUAAUCAUGUCUGCUUUAGUCACAAUCUCGAUUCAAACACCCACGCGAUCUCAUUCCUAAAUGUCAACGAUUCGCCUGUGUCUGAUAAAAUCUCAUCAGAACAUUCUAUUUUGGCACUGCCUCUGAGCCACUCGUGUAUGAAUCAGCUAAACAUUAUUUUCAACCACACAGUAUCGUUUUUCUGUGUUACAAAUAAUCAUAUCACAGUAGUACUGGAAUAAAAGAUAAUAGUUUGGAUAUGAACAAUGAUUUCUACGGUAGCGAUAAAAAUAGAGCAAAUCACCUUUUGAAAGUUGGCACUUCAAAUAACAGUUGUAUCAAAUACUCGUUACACCACCAGUUGGCGACAAGUGACUGUUAAAAAUGUAUUUGUCAUUGAAUUGUUCAUUCAAGAGAUUCGUUCAAAAACGCUGAUUCAUCCACUAAUGAAACAAGUGAAGUACACUAUAUUGCCUAAAGUAUUGGGACACCCCGCCAACUCAUUGAAUUCAGGUGUUCCAAUCACUUCCAUGGCCACAAGACAUUUUGGACAAUUUCAUGCUCCCAACUUUGUGGGAACAGUUUGGGGAUGGCCCCUUCCUGUUCCAACAUGACUGUGCACCAGUGCACAAAGCAGGGUCCAUAAAGACAUGGAUGAGCGAGUUUGGUGUGGAGGAACUUGACUGGCCUGCACAGAGUCCUGACCUCAACCCGAUAGAACACCUUUGGGAUGAAUUAGAGCGGAGACUGUGAGCCACGCCUUCUCGCCAAUCACUGCCUGACCUCAUAAAUGUGCUUCUAGAAGAAUGGUCAAAAAUUCCCAUAAACACACUCCUAAACCUUGUGGAAGGCCUUCCCAGAAGAAUUGAAGCUAUUAUAGCUGCAAAGGGUGGGCCAACUCCAUAUUAAACCCUACGGAUUAAGAAUGGGAUGUCAUUAAAGUUCAUGUGCAUGUAAAGGCAGGCAUCCCAAAACUUUUGGCAACAUAGUGCAUUAAUGAAAAACGCCUGCAGUGAGUUCGGAGACUCUCUUGUCAUCAAGGUUGCCAUGGAGAAGCCAUGGAGGUUAUGGGCGGCACUUGAGGCGUGUUUGCUCACUGUGUGCGCGUGGUCAUGGGGAAUCUGCCGCGUCUCCCUGCUGGCCCUCAUUCUGACCUUCCACCUGUACGGAGGCUUCAUACUGCUGGGACUCAUCCUGGUCUCUGUGGCCGGCAUCCUGUACAAGUUCCAGGACGUGCUUCUCUACUUCCCCGACCAGCCCUCUUCCUCCCGCCUUUAUGUUCCCAUGCCGACUGGAAUCCCACAUGAGAACGUGUAUGUCCGAACCAAAGAUGGUGUGCGGCUCAAUCUCAUCCUGCUCCGUUACACGGGCGAAAACCCUGCAACCGCUCCCACCAUUUUAUAUUUCCACGGCAAUGCGGGGAACAUCGGCCAUCGUGUGCCGAACGCACUGCUCAUGCUGGUGAACCUGAAGGCCAACGUGGUUCUGGUGGACUACAGAGGCUACGGAAAGAGCGAAGGAGAACCUAGCGAAGAGGGACUGUACCAGGACGCAGAGGCUACCUUGGAUUACAUCAUGACCCGGCCGGACAUCGACAAGACCAAGGUAGUGCUGUUCGGCCGCUCGUUGGGAGGUGCGGUGGCCAUCCGCCUGGCAUCGGGCAACCCGCAUCGAGUGGCUGCCAUCAUGGUGGAGAACACUUUCCUGAGCAUCCCGCACAUGGCGGCCACGCUGUUCUCUUUCUUCCCCAUGCGUUACCUGCCGCUCUGGUGCUACAAGAACAAGUUUCUGUCCUAUAGACAUGUGGCGCUCUGCCGUAUGCCAUCUCUUUUCAUCUCCGGCUUAUCAGACCAACUCAUCCCCCCGGUGAUGAUGAAACAGCUGUACGAGCUGUCUCCGUCUCGGACUAAACGCCUCGGCAUCUUUCCCGAAGGUACGCACAAUGACACCUGGCAGUGCCAGGGUUAUUUUGCUGCCCUAGAGCAGUUUAUGAAGGAGUUACUUAAAAGCCAUGCAAGUGAAGAGACGGCCCAGGGGACGGCCAACGUCACCAUAAUCUAGAACAGUAACUACUGUUGACUGCUCUAUAAAUCUGGACCCUCUCAAAAAGAAUGUACAAUUUAUUCUCUCUUUUAUAUUAUUUCUCUUCUCCCCAACUUCCUAAGCUCUUUCCUUUCAUUGAUCACACACCAAGAAUUCAUUAUUAGCAAUUUCAUUUAUUCAGUAGAGAAGGCUGCAUUUUUUUUUUUUAAGCCUUUAAAAUAUUUUUUGUCAGUUUUUAUAUUAAGUAUAAAUGCAUCUGCCUCAAGAAUUUAGUGCCCUCUUGGUCUUUUUCUUUUCUUUUAAUUUUCAAGCAAUUUCCACCCUUGAAGGGUUAGUUCACCCAAAAAUGAAAAUUCUGUUUUUGAUUACACACCCUCGUGUUGUUUCAAACCUGUAAGACUUUCGUUCAUCUUCGACACAAAUUAAACCUGAGUGCUUUCUGUCUUUCCAUUGACACCUUACGCAACUACCACUUUCAAGCCCCAGAAAGGUAGUAAAGACAUCAUUAAAGUAAUCCAUGUGACUCCAGUGGUUUAACCUCAGUUUUACGAAGCGACACGAGUGCUUUGUUUGUGCAAAAAAACAUAAUUUACCACUUCAUUUACAAAAUAUUAAUAUCCAACACGCAUUCACGCAACGUCUGCUCUCGCAUCAAAACAACACACGUCGUGGUGUUCUCGUGAACGUGCAUUGGAGAUUAAUAUUUUGUAAAUAUAGUGGUAAAUUGUGUUUAUUCAUGCAAACAAAACACUUGCGUCACUUCAUAAAAUUGCGGUUAAACCUCUGCAGUCACAUGGAUUACUUUAAUGUCUUUACUACCUUUCUGGGACUUGAAAGUGGUAGUUGCAUAGGCUGUCAAUGGAGGGACGGAAAACUCUCAGAUUUUAUUAAAAAUAAUUUUAUUUGUGUUCUAAAGAUGAACAAAAGUCUUACGGGUUUGGAACAACAUGAUGGUGAGUAAUUCAUGAAAACAUAUUUUUGGGUGAACUAACCGUUUAAAUGUAUACUAAAAGCCCACCCACCUGCACAUGCAAUUUGAAAAUAGUUAUGUCUAAUCAUAUUAUUCUAAACUACUUCAUUAUCUUAAAUUAUUCAGUCUUGCCGUCAGUUUGUAGGCAAUGUUUUUUUUUUUUUUUUUUUUUUUUUAAGAAUAGCGGUUUAAAUUUGUGAGUAAAUUAAUGUCUGUGGUUAACAUUACUUGAUGAAGCAUUCACAUUUGUUAUACAAGUUGGUAACAAAUUGCAAAAAAAAAAAAAAAAAAAACUUUUUCAAGUUUCAAAAAUCUAGUUUGAAGUAUAACUGUAUAUAAUGUUAACCAGUGACCUUAUUUUACUUAUGCAUGAUAAACUGCUAUUCCAUAAAGUCCUAGAUUUUAGGACUACUAAACUGAACAACCCUAACAAAUUACUUUUUAUUUAUUUUGUUUAUAUGUAAUCUACUUUUUUCUUAUUGAAAUAAUUUUUUGCCUUUUAAAUUCCAAUGAAUACAGCUAAAUGGUCCAGGGGCAACUGAUCCUAGUUCACUCAUCUUUGUAUAUGGCAUUUCAUGCAUUCAGUCCUCGACACUGGCCGUAAUGUGUUGGAGCUUUAUUUUAUCACACUGCCUUCUUUUUUUACGGGAGGUUAAAAAUCCACUCAGGAAAACGGCUCAUUGUGGUUUAAUCCCAUGUUUUGGAUUUGCAUAUGGAGCUGUGUGUGAGAAGCAUAGAUUUCUCUACUGAUUUUCAUGUGGGCUGCAGUACACUGUGAGCACUGUAUGAAAAUACCAACACAACAAGCCUAAUGUAUGUUUACUCCCUCUCAGGCUUAGUUAUCUUCUGGAAGUAAGAGUGAAAUCGCACAUAACAGCUGCUUGACUGAGUUCCAAGCACAGUCCAUUUGCACAACUUGUAAAUAAGACAUUUCCCUUCAUUUAAACAGGUCAAGUCUUCUUAGCAUCAGUUCUCUGCCCAUGACCUGUUUUGUUUGGAUCAUGUUGAAAAACCUGUCCAUUGGUGACUGUUGCGCAGUAGUCAAAUCCAUUUUCUUUAACUCUUUGCAGAUCCCUUAAAAAUCAGAAACAUUCACAAAAAUGUAAAGGAUUAAUUCACGCAAAAAAAAAAAAAAAUGAAAAUGGUCAUCAUUUACUCACCAUUUAUGUCAUUCCAUACCUGUAUGACUUUUUUCUUCAAUUUUGAAGAGUGCGUUAGUUGCUCUUUUCAAUGCAGUUACAGGUAGAAGCCUAAAGCUUCAAAAGAACUCAAUAAAAUUGAGGUAUCCUAACUCCAUAUGACUUGAACAAAAUCUUUUAGAAUUGUGAAUAAAUCUCUCUUUUGCGACACAGAUCAACAAGAUUCUCUCAUGAACUCUCAUGAGUGCGCCAAGAAGAGCUACAGCUGAUAGCUCGGUGAAGAACAAAAUUCAGGGUCCAGAAGACUUGGAAUACAGAGCUCAAGUCAUCUUGAAAGCUUUGGUUCUUAACUAUUGUUAUUGCAUAGACAUGAAUGACCAUCACAUUCUUCGAAAUGUCUCCUUUCAUGUUCCACAGAAGAAAGUUGUAUGAGUUUGGAAGAGUAAAUGAUGACAAAUUUUUCAGUUAACUAUUUAACGUAUUGAAUCGGGGGUAAUGACAUUGAGGUUUGUCCUUUCUGUAGGCUCACGUUGGUGGUUGACCCAAUACAAGGUGGACUUUGCAAACCUUGCCCAUUAUAUAGUGUUGGAUCAGUGCACAACCUGUAAUUUUUGCAUGCUUUAAUCAGCACAUUUCGUUUAACUCUAAUGCACUUUACGCUCACAUCUGUUGUAAUGUGUGAAAACUGCCUGUGAAUGUUAAGAUAACAGAUUUCAAAGGCAGAGUGAUCCUAUGUCAGUUUGCAUGCAAAUAUUGAUAUCUUCAAACAAGAGGUUAUGUCAGGCUUCCAAAGUCCACCUUUCGGGAUUCGGCAGAUUCUUUUUGACCUGAGGUUCUCGAGGGUGUUUAAGAGAUCGUAUAGUAGCACAGUUGAGCUCUAGAUGUCUUCAGUUAUGUCUAAUGUUGUUAGUUAUGUAGAAACAGGAAAGUUGUAAGUGAGUAAGAAGUGGAACCAGCCAAUGCAAGAGGAAAAAGUUCCCAAGACACUGGGAUUUUUGUGGUUUCAAGACAUCGGUACUUUUGUAUAUCAGUUUAUUGACCUUUUGAUUUUAAAAGAAAUAUUUGUAAUGGUCAUUAUUGAUCAUAAUAGGCCCAAUUCAUAAGAACUGCCUCUAAACCUUACGAGGAAAUAUUUUCAAAUUCAUAUAUAUCAUUUGCAUUGUGUCAUUUAGUUGAACUCAAAUUGACGUGCCAUGAUACCUUAUUGAUUGUCUGUGUGGUUGAGUGUAAACCUUGGAACAAAGAUGCUGACAUAUGAUAAAAUAAUGAAAAAACUGCUUUAGAGUUUACUAGAUUUGACUAAUACUCCAUUGGCAUGUUCUGGCCAUUUUCUGGGGCUAGUUUGUAUGUUGAAAUCUCAUUUCAUUUUGUUCAUAAACUGAAUAUAUGAAAUAAUAUAAAGCGCUGCUCAUGUUUUGUAUUUGCUUUUUACAGUAAAUAGCAGAGCGGAAAGAUUCAGUUGUGAAUGUGCAAGGAGGGUUUUCUUAUUCUUUCAACAUUUGUGUUUUGAGCUAUGGAUUUUCUAUUCGAAUCAUGUGUUCAUGUACAUACAAUUGAAUCACACUUUCUAUUUUCUGUGUGGUGACAUGCAAUAAAGAAAUCAAACCCUUCUGAUAA